GUUGUCAACCAUAUGAGUUUCCAAUUCUGCUCUUGCGACGGUAUAAAUAACCCAGAAAAAUAGAAAAAAAAAAUAUUUAUUGGAGCAUUCUACCCGAGCACAGGUGGCAUGGCGGAGGAGUAUGAGGAAGUGCCCAUGAGUGGCGUUGUCUCCAUGUACUCUUGCAAAAGAUGCAACAAGAUUUUUCCCUGCAAGCGAGAUCAGCUUUUGCAUAAGAAAGAAGUUCACUCGCAGACCAAGUCUUCGUAUGAGUGCAAGAUAUGCCAGAAAUAUUUUUGCAAUAGUGGAAAUUUGGAGCGUCACAUGAAAGUGCACAAUGAUGUUAGGCCAUUUGUCUGCAAGAUAUGUAGCAAGGCCUUUGCGCAGUCUGUGAAUUUGAAUCGCCACUAUUCCGUACACAAUGGCGAUCGACCAUAUCAGUGUACAUUCUGUACGAAAUCCUUUACCCAGCAAUCUAAUAUGCAGCGCCAUCAAUUGACCCACACCGGUGAGAAACCAUUUCGAUGCAAACGUUGCGGUCGUUACUUCUCGCAAAGGGUUAAUCUUAAGAAGCAUAUUAUGGGCCAUUUGAAUACCAAACCAUAUGGGUGUCGUAUCUGUGAAAAGUCCUUCAUUCAAUUGGGCAAUUUUAAGAAACAUCUACAGUCGCAUGUAAAGGAUGGCAUAGAUAUUGAUAUGAAGGCAACCAUAGAGGAGGCCCAAGCUAUAGCCAAACAAAAUUUAGAGAUGGCUGACGAGCAGCCGGUUGGCUUUGAGUGCGCAGUUUGCCGUUCAGUCUUCAACAAUUUCACCGAUUUCGAAUUGCAUGAAAGUGAAUGCAAUGAAAAUGCUAUCGAACAGAAAUACAACCCAGAACAAAUGCAUGAAGAAGUGAUUGUUGAAGAAACCGACCAUGUUGAAGAUCACAUACUACCCAUUGAGACUGGUGCAUGUUUGGGAGCUUAUGCUCCCUUAAAGUUUAGCGACUCCCAUUUGGAUACCCAUGAAAUCAUCAUUGAGACCAGUCGAUAAAGAAGUUUGUGCCAGUGUUGAAGCGAACAUAAACUUGUGACAGCAAAUGGAAUGAACGAAACUACAAUAGUUGAGCGAGCACACACAAACACAAUAUACACUUAGGUUUGGGAGCCAAGCCAAAGAGGCGCGCAAGUGAAUUUUGUCGUCUUUGUAUUUUUUUUUUCUUGUUUAGUUCAAAUAAUUUUAAAAUUAUGAUAAUAUAAAAUAAUAAAUGAAAUAUGAUUCAUUAUGUUAAAUAAAAAGACAUUACAUGGUA